AUGACGACUUUUCUCCUUCGCGACAUUCGCAUUUUCACUGGCGAAGAGACUAUCGACGAAGGAUAUGUUCACGUACUCGAUGGCAAGAUCAAGAGUGUUGGACCCAUGAGCGAUGCGCCGCUCGAACAAGUAAAGACAUAUUCGAAACCAGGCCACACGCUUCUCCCAGGCUUGAUCGACUGCCACAUCCACGCAGACAGGGCCGAUCCCGAAGCUCUACCUCAAGCGUUGCGCUUUGGCGUGACUACCGUGUGCGAGAUGCACAACGAGCUUGAGAACGUGCAAAAGCUGAAGAAGCAGACUUUGGAGCCAGAUACUGCUUCGUACAAGACAGCAGGCCAGGCUGCCACCAUCGAGAACGGGUGGCCGAUACCCGUGAUUACGGCUCACGACAAGAGUCCGGAAACAGCGGCGGCAAUUGCAAAGUGGCCCAAGUUGACGGAUCAAAGCAGCGUGGUAGAAUACUUGGAGUGGACGAAGAAAGAGAUGCAACCAGACUACAUCAAACUCAUGCACGAGAGCGGGACCAGUAUGGGUCGCGAGUUCACCUACCCUUCAGUCAAACUGCAAAGAACCAUCAUCACGGAAGCCAAGAAGCGGGGUUACCUGACCGUCGCACACGCUCUCUCCCUGCGAGAUACUCUCGAUGUUCUGAACGCGGGUGUUGAUGGCCUCACACAUACGUUUUGCGACCAGCCGCCGACCCAGGAGCUGAUAGAUGCAUACAAAAAGAACAACGCCUGGGUCAAUCCAACACUGGCUGCAAUCGGCAGUUUGACAACCGAGGGGAAAGAACUGCAGCACCAGUUCGCACACGAUCCCCGGAUCAAAGGGCUGAUCAACGACGAUCGCGUGGGCAACAUGUGUAAGUGCAUGGGGUUUUCUGCUGAGAACGGUAAAGUGGAAUACGCAUACGAGGGCGUGAAGAAGCUGAGAGAAGCGGGUAUCGAUAUCCUCUGCGGAAGUGAUUCAGCAGGUCCAGCAGUGGGAACAGCAUUCGGUCUGUCAAUGCACCAAGAAUUGAAUGUCUUCGUGCACAAGAUCGGCAUGACACCUGCGGAGGCUUUGCGCUCGGCCACGAGCCUGGUAGCCAAACGUUUCCAAUUCACCGAUCGCGGACGCCUGGCAGAAGGACUCAACGCCGACAUGUUGCUGGUUGAAGGCAAUCCACUUGAAGAUAUUGAUGCGACGUUGAACAUCCGUGGUGUUUGGCGGGAUGGCAGUCUCUGUAGUACGUAUAUGGAGAAGUUGGAAGCCGGUGUGAAGCCCUUGUUGGGCUGA